UAUUGAUUCAUACAUUUUUGUUUGACAUUUGCAGAAUUCUCCAGCAUUUCAACACCAACCCAGAAGAAUACACAAUCAUUUUUACAUCGGGAUGCACAGCUGCUCUUAAAUUAGUGGCAGAAAGCUUCCAAUGGACUUGUGCAGAGUCUGGAGAAUCAAGGAGUCGGUUUUGUCACCUGACUGAUAACCAUACUUCUGUGGUAGGUAUGAGAGGAUUAUCUGUUCCAGCUGGUGCUCUAACUCUUCCAGUAAACCUGGAUCAAAUUCAUAGAGAUAAAAACACUCUGCAUAAAAAGAUAUCCAUGGCCAAGGAGGAAAAUUGCCGCAUUCACCAUCUAUUCUGCUAUCCUGCUCAAAGUAACUUCUCAGGGACAAAAUAUCCACUUUCUUGGAUCAGCGACAUUAAAUUAAAAAAAUUGUAUCCUUUCAGCAGAAUUCCCGGAACGUGGAAUGUGCUGGUGGAUGCAGCCUCAUUUGUAAGCACCUCACCACUCAACCUCAGUUUAUAUCAACCAGACUUCAUACCCAUCUCAUUUUAUAAAAUGUUUGGAUUCCCAACUGGCCUAGGAGCUCUUUUAGUGAAGAAUGAAAGUGGACACAUGCUGGGAAAGAAAUAUUUCGGAGGAGGAACAGCAGCUUCUUAUUUGUCAUCAGAGGAUUUCUUCGUCCCAAGGCAGUCAGUCAGUGAAAGGUUUGAGGAUGGCACUGUUUCAUUUCUUGAUAUAAUAGCAGUCAAUCAUGGAUUUGAUGCAUUGGAAAGAAUUACAGGUCAGUAAUAAAAUGUAAUAUUA